AUGCUUAAAAAAGUAUUUAGAAAUGUCUUUGGGGUAACAAGAACACAGUAUCGUGCUUUGUGUUCGCAAGAUGGAUCAAAUUUAAAAGAUAAAGAUAUAAUAGGAGAAGAAUUAGCUGAAGCACUAGAUAAUGUGACAAAUGAUAUUUGUAAAAAUGAUCCUGUAGAGAAAAAAAAAACGAGAUUAUCUAUAUUGAGUAGGCUUACAGAAUCAGCAAAAGAAACUUUUAAUACAGCUGUUGGUCAUGAAACUGUAGAGAUUCUUUAUGAUAAAGAAAUUGCGGGUUUGUUAGGGAGUUUAGAUGUAAAGCCUGAGUUGAAGCCGUUAAAUAAAUUUGCUGAGGUUAGAAAGGAUACAAGAGCAAUUGUCGCUUUAAGGAAAGAAAUUUUUUAUUUAGCUCACCAAUCUGGAAAAUCUCAUGAGGAAGCGAGGUUAUUAGCAGAAAAUAGUGUAGCUAAAGCGGAAGAAAAAUUGAGAGAACGUAGAGAAGCAAAAUUAAAAGGAGGUGAAGAAGAGAAGGCAGUUCUUGAACAAAUUCAAAAGGAAACCAACGCGAAGGAAGGGAAGUUUUUCAAAAUGGCUUUUGAAUGGAUGGAAAAAAACCUUUAUUCCGAACAAAAUCUAGGAGAUCUCUCUGAAUCUCUACCUCCUAAGGUUGAUGUAAACCCUUCUGUUCCUAAUAUUUUUGAACAAACUUCGUUAAAAUUAGAUAUUUUUAAGGACACUAAGUCUUUUGAAGAACGAAGUCUCAAUUUUUGGCGUGAAUGGAAUUUAAAAGAAGCCAAUUUGGUUUGUAAAGGUGUAGGACCAAGAAAUAUUUUUGAAAAACAUAUCGAAUGGACAAAGCAAGGAAAAUUAUGGCCAUAUCCAAUUAAUAACGAAUAUGAACUAGGGGAAGAAUUAGAAGUUGGCUUCCAUGAACAUAUCUUUUUACAAAAGUAUCUCUCAAAAUACAAUCUCCCUAAAACUGGAUCAAUUGCACAUUUUAUGGAAUUAGUGUGUGUCGGAUUAUCUAAGAAUCCUUAUAUGACGGCGGCAAAGAAGAGAGAACAUCUUGAUUGGUUUGGAAAAUUCUUUGAUUCUAAGAGGCAAAAAACUAUUGAAAAUAUGCAUGAAAAAGAACGACUUGCAGCUACCGAUUCUAUAUAA